UUUUAUUGAGAACCGGAAGUUGUGCUUUGUCUUCUGGUUCCGUACUGAACGGUUUGUAUAAAGCUCCUCAGACUCGGCUCCUCCAGAGUGAUCUCAGUAUCAGCCCUGUCUACCUGGACCAGCAGCACCCUAUUGUCUCCUAGAGACACUAACAGUUGAGUACCUUUGGGGAAGCCCACCCCCGAGUGGCCACCAUGGGGGACGAUAGCGAGUGGAUGAAGCUUCCCAUCGACCAGAAAUGUGAACACAAGGUGUGGAAAGCCCGUCUGAAUGGUUACGAAGAAGCUCUGAAGUUGUUCCAGAGGAUAGAAGAUGAGAAGAGUCCAGAGUGGGGGAAGUACAUGGGACUGAUAAGGAAGUUUGUCACUGACUCUAAUGCUGUGGCUCAGCUUAAAGGCCUGGAGGCUGCCCUGGCCUUCGUUGAGAAUGCCCAUGUAGCUGGCAAGACGGCAGGUGAGGUGGUGUCGGGCGUGGUGACCAAAGUGUUCAACCAGCCAAAGGCCCGGGCUAAAGAGCUAGGCGCAGACAUCUGUCUAAUGUACAUGGAGAUAGAGAAGGCUGAGGUGGUUCAAGAUGAGUUGCUCAAAGGACUGGACAACAAGAACCCCAAGAUAGUGGUGGCCUGCAUCGACACACUCAGGAAGGCUCUCAGUGAGUAUGGAUCUAAGAUAGUGACGUUGAAGCCAAUAGUGAAGGUUUUAUCCAAGCAGUUUGAGUCCAGAGAGAAAGCGGUGAGAGACGAAGUCAAGCUGCUUGCUGUAGAGAUCUACAAAUGGAUCAGAGAUGCUCUGAGACCACCGCUGCAAAGUAUUAACUCUGUACAGCUGAAGGAGCUGGAGGAGGAGUGGGUGAAGCUACCUUCAUCCCCUCCCAAGCAGACCAGGUUCUUGCGCUCACAGCAGGACCUGAAGGCAAAGUUUGAACAGCACCAAGCUCAAGGAGAACAGUCCGAUGGAGAGGAUGAGGUGGAAACGGUGGCCGCAGUGGAUCCUUAUGAACUGCUGGAAGCCGUGGAGAUUCUGUCCAAGUUGCCCAAAGACUUCUAUGACAAAAUAGAAGCUAAAAAGUGGCAGGAGAGGAGAGAAGCUCUGGAGGCUGUAGAGGCUCUGACAAAGAACCCCAAACUAGAGAACGGAGACUUUGGAGACCUUGUCAGAGCUCUGAAGAAGGUUGUGGGGAAAGAUGCCAAUGUGAUGCUGGUGACGGUGGCAGCCAAAUGUCUGGCUGCCCUAGCCUCUGGUCUUAGGAAGAAGUUUGGAACGUAUGCAGGACAAGUGGUUCCAACGAUUCUGGAGAAGUUCAAGGAGAAGAAGCCUCAGGUUGUCCAGGCCCUGCAGGAGGCUAUUGACGCCAUCUUCCUCACUACCACUCUUCAGAACCUGUCGGAGGACAUCCUGGCUGUGAUGGACAACAAGAACCCCUCCAUUAAGCAGCAGGCCAGUCUGUUUCUGGCCCGCUCCUUCAGACACUGCACACAGGCCACACUGCCCAAGAGCGUCCUCAAACCCCUCUGUGCUGCUCUCACCAAGCAAGUGAAUGACUCUGCUCUAGAGGUGCGUGAUGCUGCCUUUGAAGCUUUGGGGACGGCUAUGAAAGUGGUGGGAGAGAAAGCUGUGAACCCUUUCCUGUCUGAUUUGGAUAAACUCAAACUGGAUAAGAUAAAGGAGUCUGCUGAUAAAGUGGAGCUCCCUGGAGGGAAGAAGGGUGCAGGAGGAGGAGGAGGGGAUAAGAAACCAGCAGCUAAAGCUCCUCCCCCUGCUGAAGCUCCACCCAAAUCUUCUGGCCCACCCAGGAAGCCCCAAACUGCUGCUGGCAGCAAGUCGUCAGCAGGCCCAUCUAAGAAAGGCAAACCAGCCUCUGCAGCUGGUGGAAAAACCAAGAAGACCGCCGACUGUAAAGAAUUCACAGAGACUGAACUCUCGCCUGAGGCGUGCGAGGAGCGGGCAGCAAAGGUACUUCCUGCCUCCUGUAUACAGCAGAUGGACUCGGCCAACUGGAAGGAGAGACUGGCUAGUAUGGAGGAGUUCCAGAGGGCUGUUGAGACGAUGGAUAAGACGGAGAUGCCCAGCCAGGCCUUAGUCAGGAUGUUGGCCAGGAAACCAGGCUGGAAGGAGACCAACUUCCAGGUGAUGCAGAUGAAGCUGCACGUCGUGGCUCUCAUAGCUCAGAGAGGACAGUUUUCAAAGACGUCAGCCACCGUGGUUUUGGACGGCUUGGUGGAUAAGGUCGGAGACGUCAAAUGUGGAGGAAACGCCAAAGCGGGAUUGACUGCUAUCGGAGAGGCUUGCUCACUGCCGUGGACUGCAGAACAGGUUGUAUCGAUGGCGUUUGCACAGAAGAACCCCAAAAACCAGGCAGAGGCUCUCAACUGGCUGGCUAAUGCCAUGAAGGAAUUUGGCUUUGCUGGUAUUAAUGUGAAGGGUUUCAUCAACAACGUAAAGACGGCUCUGGGAGCGACCAACCCUGCUGUCCGGACGGCUGCCAUCACCCUGCUGGGAGUCAUGUUCCUCUACAUGGGAGCUCGUCUUCGCAUGUUCUUUGAAGACGAGAAGCCUGCUCUCCUCACACAGAUAGAUGCUGAGUUUGAGAAGAUGCAAGGCCAGACUCCACAAGCUCCAAGCAGAUACACCAAGAAGUCAGCAACGGAGGAGGACGGGGAUGAAGGAGAGGAGCAGGAAGAUGAUGGAGGAGGAGAAAGAGGAGGAGGAGCACCACAGGACAUCAUGGACCUUCUGCCCAGAACAGAUAUCAGUGACAAGAUUACAUCUGAUCUGGUGUCUAAAAUCGGGGAUAAGAACUGGAAGAUCAGGAAGGAGGGUCUGGAUGAGGUUGCGUCCAUCAUCUCAGAGGCCAAGUUCAUCACAGCCACAAUCGGAGACCUGCCUCUGGCCCUGAAAGGACGACUCAGCGAUUCCAACAAGAUCCUGGUCCAGCAGACCCUGACUAUCCUGCAGCAGCUGUCGACAGCCAUGGGAUCUGGACUCAAACAGCAUGUUAAAGCACUGGGAAUCCCCGUUAUCACUGUACUGGGAGACAGCAAGUCUAAUGUAAGGGCAGCUGCCAUGAGCACUCUACAGGCCUGGGUGGAGCAGACUGGGAUGAAGGAGUGGCUGGAUGGAGAAGACAUGUCAGACGAGCUGAAAAGAGAGAAUCCUUUCCUACGACAAGAGUUGCUAGGCUGGUUAGCAGAGAAGCUGCCGACCCUGAGGACAGUACCUGGAGACCUGAUGCAGUUGGUCCCUCAACUCUACGUCUGCCUUGAGGACAGAAACGGAGAUGUGAGGAAGAAGGCUCAGGAUGCCCUGCCUACCUUCAUGAUGCACCUGGGCUAUGACAAGAUGGAAAAGGCUACUGGGAAGCUCAAAGCUAGCUCUAAGGAUCAGGUGUUAGCCUUGUUGGAGAAGGCCAGAGCAGUGAUGCCGGCUAAACCUGCUGCUCCUGCCAAAACCGGAGGGGGAAAAGGCUCUGCAGAGCCAAGCAGAGCUUCUUCAGCCUCCAGGCAGCCAGCUAGUGAGGACUCUGUUGACAAUAAACCUGAAGUUAAGAAGAUCCGAGGAGGAGGAGCAGCCGGAAAGAAGCCUCCCUCCCCUCCCGAGGAACCUGUCCCUCCCCCUCCCUCCAAGGACAAGGACAGUAAUGCUAGUAAAAAGCCCCCCGGCAAAGGGAAGGCUGCUGCUAGCAGUCAACAGGGUGCAGCUGGUAAGAAGCCUGCAGCCAAAAACCAGAAAGAUGAGGAAGAUAAGUCCGGGCCUAUCUUCGUCCUGAUCCCCAACGCUAAGGAACAGAGGAUCAAAGAGGAGAAGCAACUGAAGAUUUUGAAAUGGAACUUCAACACUCCUCGAGAUGAAUACGUGGAGCAGCUGAAAACUCAGAUGUCCAGCUGCUUUGCCAAGUGGCUGCAGGAUGAGCUCUUUCACUUUGACUUCCAGAAACAGGUCAAGGCUAUAGGAGUCAUGAUUGAGCGGUUGGAAAGUGAGAGCGAUGCCACCAUCGGCUGUCUGGACCUGAUUCUGAAGUGGUUCACCCUGCGCUUCUUUGACACCAACACCACAGUCCUGAUGAAGGUGCUGGAGUAUCUAAAGCUGCUGUUUGCCAUGCUGAACACAGAGAACUACCACCUGACUGAGUACGAGGCCAACUCCUUCGUCCCCUACAUCAUCCUCAAGGUCGGAGAGUCAAAGGAUUUGGUACGCAAAGAUGUUCGGGCCAUACUGACCAUGCUGUGUAAGGUUUACCCAGCAUCCAAGGUCUUCCCUUUCCUCAUGGAUGGAACCAAGUCCAAGAACUCCAAACAGAGAGCCGAAUGUCUGGAGGAGUUGGGUUGUUUGAUAGAGGGCUACGGGAUGAAUGUAUGUCAGCCGACUCCAGCUAAGUGUCUGAAAGAGAUUGCCGUUCACAUCGGCGACAGAGACACAUCCGUCCGCAACGCUGCCCUGAACACCAUGGUGGCUGUCUACAACGUCUGCGGGGAACAAGUCUACAAACUAAUAGGAAAUUUGUCAGAGAAAGACAUGAGCAUGCUGGAGGAGAGAAUCAAGCGUUCAGCCAAGAAGACCGCUGCAGCUCCUGCCAAGCCGAGUGCGACAGAGAGGUCCCAGAGAGAGCACCCAACUAACCCCAGUGCCACCUUCCUCCGCAAGCCUGCACAGCAGGAGGACCCCAACAAACUCAAAAUAAUGUAUCGCACGUAUAGGAUCCAAGCCCGUCAGAAUGCCCAGCACAGCGAGCCUUCCCACCCGUCCAUCCCUAAGGAGUUCCAGUUGGACCUGGACAUGAUCGAAAUGGACCAGAGCAGAGUGUGUGAGAUGCCGGACCUCGUCCAACACAAGCUGGACGAGCUGCUGGAGCCCAUCAUGAUCCCUGAACCCAAGAUGCGUUGUGUCUCUCCACACUAUGAUGACCUUCACAACAGCACGGCCUCCACCAUCAACUUUGUCAUCUCUCAGGUGGCUAGCGGAGACAUUAACAACAGCAUACAGGCACUGGCACAGAUCGACGAGGUGUUGCGGCAGGAGGACAAAGCGGAAGUCAUGUCGGGACACAUCGAUCAGUUCCUCAUUGCUACCUUCAUGCAGCUGAGGCUCAUCUAUGUCACUCACAUGGCUGAUGACCGGCUGGACAAGAGGGACAUCACCAAACUGUACAGCUGCAUCAUCGGAAACAUGCUAUCUUUGUUCUCUAUGGAGUCCCUGGCCAGAGAGGCAUCUAUGGGUGUGCUGAAGGACCUGAUGCACGGUGUAAUAACACUGAUGCUGGAUGGCAGAGUGGAGGACAUAGAAGAUGGACAGCAGGUCAUCAGAUCCGUCAACCUGCUGGUAACCAGAGUUCUGGAGAAGUCUGACCAGACCAACAUGAUCAGCGCUCUGCUGGUUCUGCUUCAGGACAGUUUAGUGACGACGGGCCCCCCCAUGUUCACUGAGCUGGUCAUGAAGUGUCUGUGGAGGACGAUCCGCUUCCUCCCAGAGACCAUCAACUACAUCAACCUGGAUCGGAUCUUACUGGACGUUCACAACUUCAUGAAGGUUUUCCCCAAAGAGAAACUCAAGCAGCUCAAGAGUGACGUCCCACACAGAACCCUCAAGACUCUGUUACACACACUCUGCAAACUCACGGGGGCCAAGAUCCUGGACCACCUGUCGAUGAUAGAGAAUCGUAAUGAGUCCGAGUUGGAGGCCCAUCUGAGGCGGGUGGUCAAACACUAUCCUGAAGGAAACCUAUCGGGACCCAAGAGUGACCGUGGCAACGAGAAGACUGGUCUGCGCACGGAGGAUCGCAUGUCCAAGGCAAAGGUCAGUGACAUUCUGACUGAGAUCUUCAAGAAGAUCGGCUCCAAGGAGAACACUAAAGAGGGUUUGACGGAGUUGUACGAGUACAAACAGAAGUACUCGGACGCAGACCUGGAGCCCUUCCUCAAAAACACGUCCCAGUUCUUCCAGAGCUACGUGGAGCGAGGCCUCCGUAUGAUCGAGUCUGAGAGAGAGGGCAAGGCUCGCAUCCAGACCUCAGCAGUGAUCCCGCAGCAUGGCGUGGACUUCAAUCUGAGCAGCAACAAUGAAGAGCUGAAACCAGCCGUUUACUACGAGAGACUCAAGAUCCUCCGACAGAGACAAGGCCUGGAAAACACCUCCAGGCAGGGCGGCGGAGGAGGAGGUGAGGACGAGCCUCAGCAGAGACCUCCCAUGUCCUCGCUGCUGUCAUCCAAGCCGUCGGUGGCCUCCUCCACCGACAUGCUCCACAGCAAGCUGUCUCAGCUCAAAGAGUCCAGAGAGCUGUACCAGCAGGAACACAACACACACUCCCAUUCCCCGACGCACACCAACACCCGCUCGGCUUCGCCCGCCGCCAACCUGGACGACCUGAAGAAACGUUUGGAGAGGAUAAAGAGCAACCGGAAGUAAGGAGCUGCCGCAUCACCUCAUCUCAUCUGUAACAGCCUGUGGAGUUCAGCUGGUAGUAGAGAAAUCCAACUCCUUUUGUGUUUUUUAUUCAUGUUCUGCUGGAUGGAAACAGACCAGCAGUCGCACACUUAAAGCUUCACCCUCUGUCUACAAACCACACCCUUCAAGUACCAACCUGACUCCACCCACUGUGCCUGUAAUUAUUAGACAUCAAACGCACCCUCAUCUGACUGGACCAACGCUGUGACUGGGAUUUUCAGCCUCUAUACACACACACACUCACACUCACACACACACACACAACGCAGAAACCAUCAGUGUUUUUAGCUUCUAUUCAAACUUCUCAGAAAGAUGUUCUAUGAAGUCCAGAGUCCACGAGUGAGCUGUGUACAGGAUCCCGUAGUCGGCUGUAAUUCAGAGUCUGGACAGUUUCAUCUGGAUAAACCAACCCCCCCCCCCCACCCAUCCAUCUGUCCCAUCCCAGCUUUCUCUUUCAUGGUGCCCCCCCCCCACCCUCCACUCUCCAAUGUAUUCUGAUGAUGAAAUGGUGAACUUCCCCUCCUCCUCCUCCUCCUCCUCUGUGUCUCAGUAUCACAGAACCAUACGUUUGUACAUAUUUAAAGGCUGUUAACCACUCAACCAUUAUGAAGUGCUUCUCAUGUGGUUUCAGGACUAAACAAAUGUCAAGAAAUGUUCUUCCUGUUUUACCAUGAUGUACCACGUCACCGCUGCUGGCUUUGGAUGGAGAGACACUGGCAGUGUGUAGAAGGGGGGGGGGCCUGGUUUUGUCUAGAAGGGGGUGAACCCUCGUAGAACCCGCGAGUUGGGGUAACUCUGGCGAGACGGUAAAGGUUAGGCAUCGAUCAUGAACAGUUCCGGUCGGGGAUAGGUCGUCGGGCAGCGAGUCCCGUUAGAGAUUUUUGCAGAUCUCGGAUAAGAUUUCGCAAAUUGCGGGUUCCCUUCUAGAGACCCUCGUCAAGAGCUCAGUUAGUAGCUGUGUAAAUGCAGCACACGACUGCCCCCGUGUGGCUGAACGCUGUCACAGCAUCAGUUAGUAGUUCUCAGCUGAGGUCCUGUUUGCACUGGGAGCUUCUAAUGAUGAAGUUCACAUUUGCAGUUGGCAUCAGUGAAGUAAAUGCGUUGUUUGGUGGCGAGGCUGAUAGCACCGUGCAAACAGAGCUUGAAGCUGCAGCACUCCAGUGUCUGAUUUCUAUCAAUUUCAGACACUUUUUGCUGCCACAAAACAACUUGAACUGCAUUUCCACAGUGGCAUCAGGCCCUCGGUCUGAUGGGGUUUAGACUGAUGAGGCUGUAUCCUGGUGGUGAAGGAACCAGGUGUUGGUUGGGUGCAAAGGGAGUCUCUCCAGUUUUAAUUUCUAGUAAGCGUUCGUUUAAAGUCAGCUGUUUUCAUCCUCCUCAUAUUUUAAAAGGAUUUUUCCUCCCAGCCGAACUCUAAAUGCUCAGCUGUAGUGUUCGGCUGCGAUUAAAACCUGCAGACUUCCUGUUAGAGUUAAAAUAUGACUGCUUUUCUUCUGGAGAAAGCGGCCCACAGCUCUAAAGAGAGCUGAGCUGCUGGAUUCAGGAGGACCGAGCAGAGCUGUAUACUGGUGUGUUUGGCUGUAAAUACUGUAUUUAAUGUCCUCCGCUAACACCUCCCACACUUCAGUUCUUUAACAGCAGCCACUCCGUUGUGUUUGUAGGCUUAAAAAAAUAUGGCAUGUUUGUUUUAAUAAAUAAAGUUUGCAUUAACAAAACUGCAGUGUAAUUAAGUCAUUGUUUUUAUGAUGAUGAUGAAGAUGAUGAUGAAGAUGGCCUUGUCAGUCAAAGAAAGAAACAAAUAACAUUGUUUUUGUAUUUAAUUUGAAUGUCAGUACUAGUCUUACAACAGGCUCGUUGGAGACGAACUGUGCCUCGCCUGGACAGUAGACGAGAUCAGGCAGCAGCAGCAGCGGGGGUGGGGGGGGCGGUGACUAAAAGCUGCGGUCAAGUCGGACAGUUUCAAUCAGCCUUCACAGAAUUUACAGGAAGUCACAGGAAUAGUUACCGCCCCCUGCUCAGAGCAAGUCGGGAUCAAGUCGGACACAAAUGUAACCGGCGUCGUCGGUGAUUGAUUCUGCGCUGGCCUGGCUCGUCUCCAACGAGCCUAUCGUUGCUCUCCUUGUAUAAUCCAUAGUGGAAAAUGGCAAUAAAGUCUUGUUUCUUUUUUUUAACAAUCCA